CACAUAGAUAGAUAGAGUCGAGUCACCAGGUUCCGGUAGCCUUCUUUCUACGAGAGGAAGGAAGUGAAAGGUAAAGGUCGGGCGGAGGCUGGAAAUGCAGGCAAAGCAGUGGUGGCAGGUCUUGGGCUUAGCGGUGCUCCUACUCUUUCUCUGCAAGAUGUCCGUCAUGGUGUUGGACAAAGAGCUCCACCAGCAACACUUUAGCAUUGGCAGCGAUACAGAUGCAAGCCUGGCGAGGCUCUCCAGAAACCCAAGUCAAGACAAGCGAGGAUGGCUGCUCGAUCCUCUCAAAGCUGCUGCUCAAGCCGGCCUCUCAGGUGGAGCGAUUGAAUGCACAGCAGUUCACGCAGGAGAGAUACAAGUAGGGGCCGUUCGUGCCAAUCAUCGGCAUCACUUUUGCAACGAGACGUUUCUCCUGUGGAAUGCUCGAGCGUUGUUUCGUCUGGAGAACGCAUUCAUGGACAAUGGAUAUGCGCAGGCUGUUGUUGAGGCUGGCGAGGUAUCAAUCGCCGCUGCGCCGGCUGGCCGGGCACAUGCUUUGGCAAAUAUUGACAGGCACAAGACGCUCUUUUUUUUGGCGUGUCAAGACAACCCCGAGAAUCCAAUGACAGACUUUCGGAUAUGGGACGAUCUGUGACGAAAUGAAAAAGCCCAAGACAAAAACUCUCUUGGCUCUCGGUCUUAUUUUUUAUAGGAUGAAGCAAGAAUCGUCGGUGGCGUCUCUCCGUGGCCGCGGCUUCAAGAAUUGUGACACCACAACCCGAGAGAAAGAAAUUCUUCUCUUUCUUUUCUUC